AUGGCUGCUACAGAGACGUUGGAAGUUGACCUGAUCCUGAACCGCGCCCUGAACGAGUUCACCAGUGCCAUGCUGGCCCUCACUAUCGGCCGAAUCCACUUGGGUGCUAUCACCGAGCAGGCCAGAACUUUGGAGCAAUGGCAUGAGGAUGAACUUAAAGUUGUCGAGGCCAAACAUGCUGAACAGCUGGCCAUGGUGGUUGAGGAAAAGGCCAAACUGGCUAAGGAGUUGGAGGAGAAGCAUAGGUCUUUGGAGAAAGUUCGCGAGCAGAGGGACCAAUUUAAGGAGUCCAACCGCUUUAACUUACGCGCAUCCCAACAGCUUGAGGUGGACUUGGCCGCGAGCAGGCAGGAGACCACAACUCUGGAGGGUUGGAUUGAGGAGUUGGAGAAGGCCAACGCCGACAACUUGGAAAGGUAUAAGAAUGCCACUCUUCAAUGCUUCUUUGAUUUCUGGAGGCACAAUCAGGGUGCCAACUUUGACUACCUUCCCGAGAAUGCGAGAGAUGCCGAACUUGCUCGCUGCGCUGCUCUGUUGGUUGAGGAAGAAAGAUCAAGGGUUCUUGCUUCCCCUGAAAUCUCGCUGGCCGCCGGGAUGGAUGGGGCAGACAAUGAGGCUGGAGGCGUUGUCGAUCAGAACCUUCCCCAAGAUCCUCCAGCUCGUCAAAAUCCUUGA